GGGUUAGAGAUCCACCGAAGUGGGUAGCCUUAACCGGAUGUGUUGGUAACAGGUAAAGCCCGAAGGCUGUUCCCGUCCCUGUCGGGGGAGAUGCCAACCAUCUCUCCUUUCUACGAACACGGGCAAAGUUGGAGCAUUAGGCUCUUUUAUUCAGGUUGUCAUCCGUUACUCCGUCCGAUGUGGGAUUCAAGCUUGAGGGGACUAUGAGUACUUCAGUGGCUUAUUUAGUUAGUAUUGGGGUUCAUCCAAGGGAUAUUGGUCCCAUGGUCACUCAAUAUCCCUACGUUUUGGGGAUGAGAGUUGGGACGAUGAUUAAGCCACUUGUGGAUUACUUGGUUUCUCUGGGGUUGCCGAAGAAGAUUCUGGCUAGGAUGUUUGAAAAGAGAGCAUAUUUACUUGGAUAUGACCUUGAGGAUACUGUGAAACCAAAUGUGGAGUGUUUGAUUAGUUUCGGAAUUAGACAGGAAGCACUUGCUUCAGUCAUUGCGCAAUACCCCCAAAUUCUUGGAUUACCUCUGAAGGCUAAAUUGUCUUCCCAGCAGUAUUUCUUCAACCUAAAGCUUAAGGUUGAUCCUGAUGGUUUCGCUCGUGUUAUUGAGAAAAUGCCACAGAUUGUGAGUCUUAACCAGCAUGUGAUAAUGAAACCUAUGGAGUUUCUUCUUGGACGCGCAGUUCCAGCAGAAGAUGUAGCAAAGAUGAUUGUCAAGUGUCCUCAGCUAGUUGCUUUACAAGUUGGGCUCAUGAAAAACAGCUAUUACUUUUUUAAGAGUGAAAUGGGCAGACCACUAAAAGAGCUCGUUGAAUUUCCAGAAUAUUUUACUUAUAGCUUAGAAUCAAGGAUCAAACCCAGGUUUCAGAGGUUGCAAAGCAAGGGGAUAAGCUGUUCUUUGGCUUGGUUUCUCAACUGUAGUGACCAAAGAUUUGAAGAGCGACUCCAUGGGCAUUACAUUGAGGCAGAGAGUGCUGGUCCGUCAUUUUUUAUGGGUGGGAAGUUGGAGUUACCAGGAAAUGAGAUUGUAUCAGAAGAGGAGGAUGAGAGUGAUGACGAAAUACUUUAUAGACGCACUGUCUCUUUGUAGUUUUUUUUUUUAUCUAUAUUAUCUCAUCUAUAAUAUUACUAAAGGAUUCAUUCUCA